CAGGCGCAGCUGCUCGCCUCGCCCGCUGAAAUAGAGCGCCCCACCUGCGCCACCCGGGCGGCCCGCGGCCGCCGCGCCUCGCCGCCGCCGCCGCCGCCGCCGCCGCCGGGCGGUGCCUGGGAAGCCGUGCGCGUCCCCCGGCGGCGGCAGCAGCGGGAGACGAGGGGCGCCGCGGAGGAGCCGAGCCCGCCGAGCCGGGCGCUCUAUUUCAGCGGGCGAGGCGAGCAGCUGCGCCUGCGGGCCGACCUCGAGCUGCCCCGGGACGCGUUCACGCUGCAAGUGUGGCUGCGAGCGGAGGGGGGCCAGAGCUCUCCGGCGGUGAUCACAGGGCUAUAUGACAAAUGUUCUUAUGCCUCACGUGACCGAGGAUGGGUCGUGGGCAUUCACACCGUCAGUGACCAAGGCAACAGAGACCCACGCUACUUUUUCUCCUUGAAGACAGACCGGGCCCGGCAAGUGACCACCAUCAAUGCCCACCGCAGCUACCUCCCAGGCCAGUGGGCACACCUGGCUGCCACCUACGACGGACGGCUGAUGAAGCUCUAUGUGAACGGUGCCCAGGUGGCAACCUCUGGGGAGCAGGUGGGUGGCAUUUUCAGCCCACUGACCCAGAAGUGUAAAGUCCUCAUGCUGGGAGGCAGCGCCCUGAACCACAACUACCGGGGCUACGUGGAGCGCUUCAGCCUGUGGAAGGCGGCCAGGACGCAGCGCGAGGUCCUGCUGGACAUGGAGACCCGCGGCCUCCACGCUCCUCUACCUCAGCUCCUCCUGCAGGAGAACUGGGACAACGUGAAGCGCGCCUGGUCCCCCAUGAAGGACGGCAGUAGCCCCCGCGUGGAGGCCAGCGGCGCCCGUGGCUUCCUGCUGGACACGAGUCUGGAGCCUCCUCUGUGCGGGCAGACGCUGUGUGACAACCCCAAGGUCAUCUCCAGCUACAACCAGCUGCCGCGUUUCCGCCGGCCCAAGGCGGUGCGCUACCGCGUGGUCAACCUCCACGACGAUGGCCGCGAGAACCCCACGGUGAGCCGCCAGCAGAUCGAUUUCCAGCACCGGCAGCUGGCCGAGGCCUUCAAGCACUACAACAUCUCCUGGGAGCUGGAGGUGCUGGAGGUGAGCAACUCUUCCCUGCGCCGCCGCCUCAUCCUGGCCAACUGCGACAUCAGCAAGAUCGGGGACGAGAACUGCGACCCCGAGUGCAACCACACGCUGACUGGCCACGAUGGCGGGGACUGCCGCCACCUGCGUCACCCCGCCUUCACCAAGAAGCAGCAGAACGGGGUGUGCGACAUGGACUGCAAUUACGAGCGGUUCAACUUCGACGGCGGGGAGUGCUGUGACCCCGAGAUCACCGAUGUCACCAAGACCUGCUUCGAUCCCGACUCUCCGCACAGAGCAUACUUGGAUGUUAAUGAGCUGAAGAACAUUCUUAGACUGGAUGGAUCAACACACCUCAAUAUCUUCUUUGCAAACUCCUCGGAGGAGGAAUUGGCAGGAGUAGCAACUUGGCCAUGGGACAAGGAGGCCCUAAUGCAUUUAGGUGGCAUUGUCUUGAAUCCAUCUUUCUAUGGCAUUCCUGGGCACACCCACACCAUGAUCCAUGAGAUCGGGCACAGCCUGGGCCUCUAUCACAUCUUCCGAGGCAUCUCAGAAAUCCAAUCUUGCAGUGACCCCUGCAUGGAGACAGAGCCCUCCUUUGAGACCGGAGACCUCUGCAGUGACACCAACCCAGCCCCAAAGCACAAGUUCUGCGGUGACCCGGGGCCAGGGAACGACACCUGUGGCUUUAACAGCUUCUUCAACACUCCUUACAGCAACUUCAUGAGCUAUGCAGAUGACGACUGCACUGACUCCUUCACGCCCAAUCAAGUCGCCAGAAUGCACUGUUACCUGGACCUGGUGUACCAGAGCUGGCAGCCCUCCAGGAAGCCGGCGCCUGUCGCCCUUGCCCCCCAGAUCGUGGGCCACACGACCGACUCUGUGAUGCUGGAGUGGUUCCCGCCCAUCGACGGCCACUUCUUUGAAAGAGAAUUGGGAUCAGCAUGUGACCUUUGCCUGGAAGGGAGAAUCCUGGUGCAAUAUGCCUUCAACGCCUCCUCCCCGAUGCCCUGUGGCCCAUCAGGACACUGGAGUCCUCGGGAAGCAGAAGGUCAUCCAGAUGUUGAACAACCCUGUAAGUCCAGUGUCCGCACCUGGAGCCCAAAUUCAGCUGUCAACCCACACACAGUCCCUCCAGCCUGCCCUGAGCCACAAGGCUGCUACCUUGAACUGGAAUUCCACUACCCCUUGGUCCCUGAGUCUUUGACCAUCUGGGUGACCUUUGUCUCCACUGACUGGGACUCCAGUGGGGCUGUCAAUGACAUCAAACUAUUGACUAUCAGUGGGAAGAACAUCUCCCUGGGCCCUCAGAACGUCUUCUGUGAUGUCCCACUGACCAUCAAACUCCGGGAUGUGAACGAGAAGGUGUUUGGCAUCCAGAUCUACACGUUGGAUGAGCACUUGGAGAUAGAUGCGGCCAUGUUGACCUCUGUUGCAGACACCCCACUCUGCCUGGAGUGUAAGCCCUUGCAGUACAAGGUGGUCCGGGAUCCUCCUCUCCAGGUGGACGUGGCCUCCACCCUACACUUCAAUAGAAGAUUCACAGACAUGGAUCUAAAUCUUGGCAGCGUGUACCAGUAUUGGGUCAUCACUAUUUCAGGAAACGAAGAGAGUGAGCCAUCACCUGCUGCCACUUACAUCCAUGGAAGUGGGUACUGCGGUGAUGGCAUCAUCCAGAAAAGCCAAGGUGAAGAAUGUGAUGACAUGAAUAAGAUCAAUGGGGAUGGCUGCUCCCUUUUCUGCCGACAGGAAGUUUCCUUCAAUUGCAUCGAUGAACCCAGCCGGUGCUAUUUCCAUGAUGGUGAUGGGGUAUGUGAGGAGUUUGAACAAAAAACUAGCAUCAAAGACUGUGGUGUCUACACGCCCCAGGGGUUCCUGGAUCAAUGGGCAUCCAACGCUUCCGUAUCCCAUCAAGACCAGCAGUGCCCAGGCUGGGUCAUCAUCGGCCAACCAGCAGCAUCCCAGGUGUGUCGAACCAAGGUGAUAGAUCUCAGUGAAGGCAUUUCCCAGCAUGCCUGGUACCCUUGCACCAUCAGCUACCCGUACUCCCAGCUGGCUCAGACCACUUUCUGGCUCCGGGCGUACUUUUCUCAGCCAAUGGUUGCCGCGGCUGUCAUUGUCCACCUGGUGACCGAUGGGACCUAUUAUGGGGAUCAAAAGCAGGAAACCAUCAGCGUCCAGCUGCUUGACACCAAAGACCAGAGCCACGAUCUAGGCCUCCAUGUUCUGAGCUGCAGGAACAAUCCCCUGAUUAUCCCUGUGGUCCACGACCUCAGCCAGCCCUUCUACCACAGCCAGGCGGUACGUGUGAGCUUCAGUUCACCCUUGGUCGCCAUCUCGGGGGUGGCCCUCCGUUCCUUCGACAACUUUGACCCCGUCACCCUGAGCAGCUGCCAGAGAGGGGAGACCUACAGCUCUGCCGAGCAGAGCUGCGUGCACUUCGCAUGUGAGGCCGCUGACUGCCCGAAGCUGGCUGUGGAGAACGCUUCUCUCAACUGCUCCAGCAGCGACCGCUACCACGGUGCCCAGUGCACUGUGAGCUGCUGGACGGGCUACGUGCUCCAGAUACAGCGGGAUGACGAGCUGAUCAAAAGCCAGACAGGACCCAGUGUCACGGUGACCUGCACGGAGGGCAAGUGGAACAAGCAGGUGGUGUGUGAGCCAGUGGACUGCGGCAUCCCGGACCAGCACCACGUGUACGCUGCCUCGUUCUCCUGCCUUGAGGGCACCACGUUCGGGAGCACGUGCUCCUUCCAGUGCCGCCACCCAGCGCAGCUGAAAGGCAACAACAGUCUCCUGACCUGCAUGGAGGACGGGCUGUGGUCCUUCCCAGAGGCCCUGUGCGAGCUCCUGUGCCUGGCCCCACCCCCAGUGCCCAACGCAGACCUCCAGACGGCCCGCUGCCGGGAGAACAAGCACAAGGUGGGCUCUUUCUGCAAGUACAAGUGCAGACCUGGAUACCACGUGCCCGGCUCCUCCCGGAAGUCAAAGAAACGGGCCUUCAAGACCCAGUGCACCCAAGAUGGCAGCUGGCAGGAGGGGGCUUGUGUUCCGGUGACUUGUGACCCUCCUCCACCGAAAUUCCACGGGCUCUACCAGUGCACUAAUGGCUUCCAGUUCAACAGCGAGUGCAGGGUCAAGUGUGAAGACGGCGAUGCCACCCAGGGGCACGGGAGCAACGUCAUCCACUGCCGGAAAGAUGGCACCUGGAGCGGCUCCUUCCACGUCUGCCAGGAGAUGCAAGGCCAGUGCUCAGCCCCGGACCAGCUCAACAGCAACCUGAAGCUGCAGUGCCCUGCAGGCUAUGCCAUCGGGUCGGAGUGUGCCACCUCGUGCCUGGACCACAACAGCGAGUCCAUCAUCCUGCCAGUGAACGUGACCGUCCGUGACAUCCCCCACUGGCUGAACCCCACGCGGGUGGAGAGAGUUGUCUGCACAGCUGGUCUGAAGUGGCAUCCUCACCCUGCCCUGAUUCACUGUGUCAAAGGCUGUGAGCCCUUCAUGGGAGACAAUUACUGUGAUGCCAUCAACAACCGAGCUUUCUGCAACUAUGACGGUGGGGAUUGCUGCGCUUCUACGGUGAAAACCAAAAAGGUCACCCCCUUCCCUAUGUCUUGUGACCUACAGGGUGACUGUGCUUGUCGGGACCCCCAGGCCCAAGAACACAGCCGGAAAGACCUCCGAGGAUACAGCCAUGGCUAAGGAAGGACAAGGAGUUGUCAAAGAAUUCCCAAUGCCAGGACCCGCAUCCCUUUGGUAUUGAUUUCACAGUCAGCUGCUCAACGGAAUGGCCUCUCCACACCAGGGAUCCUUAGCACCCAACCGGUCUGCCUUUAAUUUCACCCAGGAAGGACUCGUAGUGGGGGCACGUGAACCAAGUCUUGCC